AUGAGGGGCUUCGGGCAUAGUUCCUUUGACUUGCCUGGAGUGUGGUGGUAUCUUACAAACCACCUGCUGCGCGACUGGUCGAUAGGGGCGUCCACUGACGCCGACUGUUUGCGGCUCCACUCCCCUGGGUACUCGCUGGCGACUGCGCCAGGCGCCGACAUGCCGCAGGUCGACAUGAGCCACCUGAGCGACGAGGAGCGGCUCAUGAUCCAGAGUGUGAUGGCGAAGGCGCAGCAGAUGGACCCCAGCCCGCCGCCGAGGAGGGAACUGGAAGGCAGAAUGCAACAUCGCGAGGCUACUCCCAGGAGAGAAAUGGAAUUUGGACCCAAGCCAUGUCCCAUAUGCCAUACGAGGGAGGUGAACGUCGGCACGAGCCGGGAGUGCGGCGAUUGCCACAACCUGACGUGCUCCAGCUGUGGCUCGCUGGUAUCGCCUCCGGACAAGAACAAGAAAGCCGAGUGGAUUUGCAAUACGUGUCAGAAGAGAACUAUAUACUCGCCAGUGAGGUGGCAGCACCAACAGCAGCUAUCAAAGAAGAAUCUGUCACAACAGCAGCAAAGCUGGGAAGCCCAGAAGAGAGGCACGGGCGCGAGAAGCGAGGCCCAGCAGCGGCUAGACAGCGACCAUAUCCUGGAAGGAGGUAAAUCCUCGGACAUUAUAAAAGAUGUACAUGGGGAAAACAUGUACUUGGACAACCUGCACAGGAUUGGAGUGUUACCACAGAGUGAAAUGGCUUUGACAAAUGGGAUUACAGGCUUGGACAUUGAUCGGACCAGAUUACAGUUAAUAGAAUCAAAUGCAGAUCACAGUGAGUCACAUUUUAUACACAGCGAGUUCCAAGCCCAGCAAAAACAACACCAACAACAACUUCACCAGCAACAACUCCACCAGCAACAACUUCACCAGCAACAACUCCACCAUCAAACACAGCAACAACACCAACCACAGCAACAUCAACCACAGCAACAUCAACAACAGCAACAUCAACAGCAGCAACAUCAACAGCAGCAACAUCAACAGCAGCAACAUCAACAACAGCAACAUCAACAGCAACAACAGCAACAUCAACAGCAGCAACAGCUGCGAGAACGAGAGCAAAUAUUGCAACAAAGAUUUCAAGAACAACAGAAAUUAGAAAACAAACACAAAUCUCAACAUUUCUAUCAAGAAACACUUUUGCAUGAAAGUAAGACACAAAUGCAGUCGAAUGAAAUGCAAGAUCAAAAUCCUCAACAGUUUCUUUUGCAACAACAGUUACAGCAACAACAAGCGCACCAACAAAAACUUCAUCUACAAAAACUAAUGCAACAAAGUCAAGAAAAAAUACAGCAAAUGCAAAUCAUGCCUCAGCAACAAAACAGCUUUCAGAACCAGAAAACGAAACCAAAGUUUUUUGACCUACAGCAGACUACGAUUAAGAAGCCCCGUGCCACUAGAUCUGAGCCUGCUGAUUGGUCACCAGUGGCGGACCUUUCGCCCAUUAUGGAUGUCUCCCCCUCGCUUGAACGAGCUGAGCAAGAACUGAUGCAGCGCUUCCAGGACUUUGGAGCGAUGAACCCGGCGCAUCCGAAGACACCCCACGCGCAGCAACAGCAGCAGUUGCACCCAGCGCACAACCAGACUCCCCCGCACCACCACCAGCAGCAGCAGCUGCAGCUGCAGCAGCAGCAGCCGGCAGCCGUGCCCACGUCCAAGCAGAGCACGGGCACCAUCAGCGGCAUGCUGGCGGACUUCAGUCGAGCGCUCGGUUUGGGUGGCACAUCUCCACGGCCAUCACCUUCAGAAGAAAACCCUCUGUUGGAUCAACAGCAACAUCAGACACAACAAAUUCAGCAGCACCAAAACAUGUACAGUCAGAAAAUGCAAAAUUUAAACCAGCAAUCUUUGUUCAAGCAACAACACCAGGAACAGCUACAAGAACAAAAUCUGCAGAAUUUACAAAUGCAGCAAGUGCAAGAUUUACAAAUAUCCCAGCAGAUACAAAACAAAAGGAACGAGCAACUACAACAACAAAUGAUGAUGCAAGAGCCCCGGUUAUACCAGCAACAGCUUCAACAACAACAGCAAACAUCUGGAUUAAUGGGCAAUGCAAGUCUUAUGAAUGAAAAACAGUCUAUGAUUCCUCAGCAUAUGACGCCUCAAAAGCAGCUCAUGUAUCAACAACAAAUGCAGCUGCAACACCAAGCACAGCAUCUCAAGAAGAUCAGGCGGUCCUUGCCUCACUCCUCAGGUGGUACCAUGGAUCAAACCAACAGCCAGGUUAACAUUCAACAGCAGCAGACACAACAACAGCAACAAAUGCAGCAGCAACAACAAAUGCAGCAGCAACAACAGCUGCAGCAGCAAAUGCAGCUACAGCAACAGCAACAGCAACAACUUCAGCACCAGCAGCAGCAACAACUACAUCAGCAGCAGUUACAGCAGAAGCAAAUGCAACAGCAGCAACAGAUGCAGUUUCGACACUUGGCGCAGGCACAGCGGAAGGAUCCGGUCACCAGCCAGGCCAUGCUGCUGAGCCAGACGGUCUCAUCGCAGGCACCGAGUGGACCGCCGCCGCUGCAGCACGCCUUCAUGGGCCAGGUGCCCAUGGCGAGCCACAUGAUGGGCAUGAUGGGCCAGCCCUUCAUCGGCCUGGUCAGCGGUCAGCCUGGCGUCUCAGGUCCGGCUGCCACUGCCUCCAGCUUCCUGCAGCAACUGCCUUCUGGGAUCCACAUGGAGACGCCGCAGAGCACGCCCGUGGGCACGCCGCGUGGGCCGCGAGACACGGGCGGUGACUCCUCCGACACGCUGAGCGAGACUGACUCACAGAAGUACUUGUGCACAUGA